GCCCGGUGUAAAAGGGAGGAAGAUCUUUGGUGACGUGGUUCCUUACGGAAAAGUAUGGCGGACGGGAGCGAACAACGCCACUACCCUGACUUUCGGAGAUGAAGUUAUCAUUGGUGGUACUAAAAUUCCUGCCGGCAAGUAUGGGUUGUUAACGAUCCCUGACAAAAACAACUGGGUUGUCAUUAUCAGUAAACAAACAGAUGUAACCAGUCCUGCCGCGUAUAAAGCAGACCAGGAUGUUGCAAGAGUAACAGUUCCUGUGAGCAAAAUGAAAUCAUCUGCAGAAUCUUUUACCAUCCAGUUUGCCAAUGUGAAACCUACCACCUGCGAAUUGCAGUUGAUGUGGGCAAAGUCAUCUGUUGUCGUACCGAUCGAAACAGAAAUUGACAGUAAGAUCAUGGCCAGUAUUAAUACAGCGAUGAAGGGUGAUAAGCCGCCGUAUUUCCAGGCAGCUAUCCAGCCAGUAUGGCUGCGUGACCGGUUUAUCAGGGCUGACGAAAAAGGUUUUGGAAAAAUUAAGAUUGCGGUUCCUGGCAAGUGGUA